CUCUUCCUUGGAGAUCCCACAUUCGCCAUGUUGCUCUUGCGUCACAUUCCGGCGACGCCGCGCCGGGAACUGAGGGCAGCGAAGCCUGGCGCGAGGGACUUCGCCGGCAGCCAAUCAGGGCUCAGGCAGCGCUGCUUUGAAAACAAAGGGCGGGAAGCGGCCCAGGGAGGAAGAGUCGUCCCAGGAAAGGAAAAGGAAAAGGGAAGGAAGGCAGGCCGCCAUGGCUGAAACAUUUGCAGAGAACAAUCAAAAUAUGUCUCCAACAAUCGCCAGCCCCUUAAGAAGUUCAGAUGACCCCAAAGAACAACUCUUAGAAGAAUGUGAAGAAAUAUGGAGACUAAUGGAAGAGUGUCAGAAUAAAUUAGCACUUCAAGAAACAGAAACUCUUCCAGGUUCAGAUCCCAAGCUUCCAUUGUUAAUGAAACGUUUAAAGGCUCAAACGGCAGAAUUUAACCAAUGGCAAAAGAAAAAACCGGAAGUGAUUACUACAAAUCCAGAGGUUCUGGUCGCCUUAGGAAGAGACCAGUUGCAGAAAUUAGAUCAGGAACUUGAGAUGGUGUUAUCAACAGUUCAGGCAAGGAAUAAAAAACUGAAGCAAGACUUGCUAAGGGAACAACAGUGGCUGGAAGAACAGCAACAAUUAAUAGACUGUCUCAAUCAAACUGAGGAAAAACUCAACAAUGAAGUUGUCAACUUUUCUGAGAAAAGAGCAUUUCAAGAAUUGAAAACUAAAAUGCUGACAGUACAUGCUUUUAAGAAAGAGAUCUGGACGGCCUUGCAAGAGUUCCUUGAAGAACAUUUCCCUUGCCCCGAGAAAUGUGAAACUACAAGAAAGAAGCGACGUUCAUCCGAAGAGCCAGAGGUAGACCGAAUAACAUUACAUGAAAUUUUAGAGAAUCUUAUAGCAAAACAUGUAAAAGUACCUCAUGAUCCAUAUAUAACAAUCAAUGCUUCGUUUUGGGAACCUUAUAUUGAACUUCUUCUGCGAUCUGGGAUUGCAUUAAGACAUCCAGAAGAUUCUGCCCGAAUACGGCUAGAAAACUUCAACAAUUAGUAACAUGUAUUAAGAUUAAGCCAUCACCUACUCAGUACAAUAAAAUGAACAAUAAGGGGUAUAAAGAUAUUUUUUGCCUUAGAAAAUAUUUGUUAAUGAUUUGUAUCUUUCAUGCUAGUUCUUAACACUUUCUGUAAAGUAUAAACUACAAAAUGCAUGUUAGUGGGAGAUUGUAAAAAGUGCUUCUAAUGUUAUUUUAAAAAUAAUUAUUAAUAAAUAAUGCUUGUAUUAUAAAAGCUGUUCAGAUUGUUAUAGUAAGAUCAGUUCAGAUUAAAUGACAAUUUUAAGUUUCUUUGUCUGUAGUUUUCCAAACAAUUUUGCUACCAUGAACUCUCUGAUUAUAUCACCAGCAUAAAAGUAAACAAUAUGUCUUCCUGGGAUUAUAUGAUGAGAAAGAAAUAGAAUAUUUGCUUCAAAGUCAUUAAGACGUUGUGUUGACACAUACCUGGAAAGGAGAGACAAAGGAAACUGAGACAAGGGUUGAGGAUAUUUACCAUCAUUCUGUCUCACGUGAGCCCUGCUGAUUGGUAAGCCUUGUUAAUUGCCAUAUAAUUAGAAAUAGGCCCUUUUGAACAUUUCAGAAACACAAUUACAAUACCUGUGGUUUUAGUUACUUGUGUUAAAGAAAAGGUUAUCUAGGCAUUUUCUGUGUCAAGUGUGAUUCUGUAGUACGGCUUCCACCUGAAGUUGUUCAUGUUAAUAGCGUUCACUAUUAUCCAGUUUUGUGUUUCUACAUUACAUCCAGGAAAGUAUCCUCAUGGAUAAUGGUGGUCAUGCUGUGUUGUAGAUAAUGCCACUUAUUUCUAUAAGAAAGAGGUAUUUUUAAAAAAAAAUCACAGAAAAUUUCCAUCCUGUUCUCAGAUCAAUUAAAUUCCAAAUUCUUCAGUACAGUAAAUAAUAUCUAACACUAGCAUCAACUAGGUAGUUUUUCAGGGAGAAAGUUGGCAUUGUCAAAGGCCUUGUAGAAAGAAUGGGCAACUGCCAGAGUUUGAAAGCACAUUGGUCCCAAGGGAAGCCUGUUUUACAAAAAAAAAAAAAAAGGCCCAAAAUUCUCCUGUAUGCUUACAAAGAGUCAUGAGGGCAAUUUUGAUAGUCUCAGUCAACUCAGUUUUGAUUGUAGAUGACGUCUCCUAUGGGCUAUAUUAUUUGCUGAGCUCUGUUAUUUGUGUUAUGUUAGAAAUGUUGGAACUGUAGUAUUAUGUACCCAGGGCCAAAAACCAGAAGUUAUAGUUACUAACAGUGCCAGAUCCUGAGAAUAUCCUUAUAAACAAUAAACAAGCUCUUGAAACAUUCAGUGCUGGUCACAUAGACCUCAGAUAAGAAUUACUACAUGUGCAUUAGAUAUUGUUCAUGUACACUUUAUCUGUAUUCCUCUGAAAUUCUAUAAAAUACUGAUGCUUGGAAUAAACUUUAUCUGUCUUGAACAGUGCAA